CUCUAAACUAUGGGGUUUGCUAGUAUUAACGUGUCUGUCAUCACUUUGGGUUAUUUUCUUAUGUUGUUUGUAACUCUCACCAGCAUCUUGAAUCCCAUCUUUGCUUCGAGAAUCUGCGAGUUUCCAGCAAUAUUUAACUUGGGCGAUUCAAACUCUGAUACUGGUACACACUCAGCUGCCUUCACUGCCCUUAACUCUCCCAAUGGAGACACUUACUUUCACAUGCCCGCGGGAAGGUUCUCAGAUGGAAGGCUGAUCAUAGAUUUCAUUGCGAAGAGUUUCAAUCUACCAUAUCUCAGUGCUUAUCUUAAUUCUCUGGGCGCCAGCUACACAAAUGGGGCGAAUUUUGCCUCAGCAGGAGCCACCAUCAGAUUACCGUCUCCAAUUAUACCUGCUAGUGGUGGAUAUAGUCCAUUCUACCUUGAUGUGCAAUAUCAGCAAUUUAUGCAAUUUAAAGACAGAUCACAGAUCAUUAGGAAACAAGGAGGAAAGUUUGCCAAGUUGAUGCCUAAGGAGGACUAUUUCCGAAAAGCACUAUACACAUUUGACAUUGGUCAUAAUGAUCUUGGAGCUGGAUUUUUCAGCAACAUGUCCAUUGAGGAAGUGAAAGCAACUGUCCCUGAUAUUGUCAGCAGGUUUUCGAUAUAUGUUAAGAAUAUAUACGAAGUGGGAGGCAGAUCAUUUUGGAUUCAUAGCACAGGGCCAAUUGGUUGUCUUGCUUACAUCUUGACCGGCUUCCCUUCAGCAGAGAAGGACAGUGCUGGCUGUGCAAAGCAGCACAAUGAAGUGGCUCGGUAUUUUAAUUACAAAUUGAAGGAGGCUGUUUUUCAAUUAAGGAAAGAUUUUCCUUCAGCUGCAUUCACAUACGUGGACGUGUAUUCUGUGAAAUAUUCUUUAUUCAGUGAACCCAAGAAAUAUGGAUUUGAGCUUCCACUUAUAACCUGCUGUGGCUAUGGAGGCAAGUACAACUACAGUGAUGCUGCAAGAUGUGGAGAAACAAUUACAGUAAAUAAUACCAAAAUGGUUGUCGGUUCAUGUGACAACCCCUCUGUUCGAGUAGAUUGGGACGGAGUCCACUAUACCGAGGCUGCCAACAAGUUUGUUUUCGAUCGAAUUUCGACAGGAGCCUUUUCUGAUCCGCCAAUUCCCUUAAACAUGGCAUGCCACAGGAAUGUAUAA